AUUCGGGAAUCUGCCAAUCCAUAAAUUCCCAUUUAAAUUUGAAGCUACAGUACCAUACAUCAUGCCGUCUCCUUCCUGUAAAAUUGACCGAGAUAUMCUGAACGAACAAUCCAUCGAGAGUAUGGAUGACAUCGCUCUAAGUUUUUUUGCAUCUACGUGUGGAAAAAACAGAGGUGCCUUUGUCUUGGAUCCCCCCGAUGGGAAUACCUAUGGAUGGUACGUUUUGGUUUGCAAACUAAAACUAUUUAAACCCCGUCGACUGAAUUAMCGUGCCAUAAAUUUGGGUGGYUAUCUCCCMAAGCAUCGAACAACGUUGAACGUUGCGAUGCAUUGGAUUUCAAGUUUUCAACUUCAUYCCUCUCGAAUCUCUAACGUGUUGGGUUUUUGUUUCUGAACCAACCAAAAAACAGCCUCGGCCUGCCAGAAGAUGUGGCCGARCUCGCGGGCAUCGAUCCCAACAAGAACAUCACCCUUUCCGACGCCAAUGCMAUCAAUCUUAAUUUCGCAGAAGGCAAUAUCACAGGUGCCGAAGCCGUCUCCCUCCUGGACUUUUUGGUCGAACGCGUCUACGAUUCUACGCCCUCGAAGGAAUCCAAUCUCUAUGCGUGCGAUGUCAACGGGCUUGCAAGAUUGUCGUGCGAAGRAGAAAAAUCUGCUUCUCCGAGAUCCGAUGGCGGACCGAUUCGAUCGGUGAACCUGGUGGAUUUGUUGGUUCCGGACGCGCCCUGGAUGACAAACGCAACCAACGCAGUUAGUUACACAUCGAAGGAUUUCAGAGACAUGAAGGCUAUGGGAUUGAAUACAGUGCAGAUUGCUGUCCCAACCUCUGCCUUUMYAACCGAAAACGAUACCGGAGCAGUCGCCAAGGUCAUCUUGGCGAAGGCCUUGGACACUCUCAAAGGACAAGGAUUGCAGGCCAUUUUGUCACUUGUGGCCACAGGAGACGAGAUAGAUUCCGUUGUGUCGGCUUCCGAGUAUGCAUCGUCUCAUGGCGCCGUACUUGGUAUCGUUCUACCUAAGGAAAUGAAGAUCAAUGUUGAGACGAUGAUCGAUGCUGUGCGGGCAAAGAUCGGUCCUGAUUUGCCCCUCUUUGUCCCACUUGUCGGGUUGGGCGACUUGGUAAAGCCGAUGGGUUUGAAUGAUCCCAAGGUUUACGCUGCGCUGGAAUGGUCCCAUACGUCUACAAUAGCAGAUAUUGCCUCGUCUUCCUCUCAGGAAGACAGGUCGAAACUCUUCUACCACGAAACCGUGGCCUGCACCAUGCGAUCACCAAUCGAACAUAGUGCGUGUUUCGGAAACCGKCUCCCUGUUUUUUGGAGCUCGGGCUUUGACCUUAGCAUCGACGACUGUGCCUGGAGGCACAAGAACAAUAACUUUAUGGACUACGGGCAGUGUAACCGGUUCGAAGAAACGAUCGGUUCGGAGUGGUGGGAGAGUCACCGAGCAUCCUUCGCGGCGCGACAGCUCUUUGCCGCCGAGCGGGGGCUGGGUUGGUCCUAUUCUGCGUGGAAGAUUCCAGAGAACGAAAUGAACUCCGAACCCAAUGCAUUGGACGAUCCGGUUGGAUUGCUCUCGCUGAAGGCCGUCAACAACGCUGGAUUGUUUCCUGACCUCAACGGAUCGAGUGACCCGGCGAAGACCGCCUGCCUCAAUUCCCCCACAAAUGAUUUUGUCUUGGGCGACGAAACCCUUGAACCGNUCUGCUUCUCCGAGAUCCGAUGGCGGACCGAUUCGAUCGGUGAACCUGGUGGAUUUGUUGGUUCCGGACGCGCCCUGGAUGACAAACGCAACCAACGCAGUUAGUUACACAUCGAAGGAUUUCAGAGACA